AUGAAUUUCGCUACCUCCAGGGAUGUGACUGUUACUCGCACCGACUUUGUCAGCAACAAGAUUACCUUUCAGAAGACCCCGCUGAAAACGGAUCUUCAUCUUUUUGCAGUUGGUCUUGUCUAUGCGACUCCGACUGCGACCAACGCGGACUCCACGGCGACAGCAACAGAAACUACAUCGUCUACCUCUACAUCUACUUCGGAACCGAGCCGAACAGAUGAAUCCAGUAUAAGCGGAGGCGCGGCCGCUGGGAUAGGAAUCGGAUCCGCGGCAGGGGUCGUUUUCAUAGCCAUAUUGGCGUGGUUCAUAUACCGUCGACGACAGGCUUCCCGGAUUAUGGCUUCCCGGGGGAACGAGUACAGAGGUGCUCAGUAUGAUAUGAAAAGCCUACCAGGGUCCGCACAUCCCCGGGAAUUGGAUGCGCAACGGCCAACACAGCAGUUUCUGGGAGAACUGGCGGGUUGA